CUCCUCUCCUACUCUGUCUUCCAUUUUGCAUUUUAUCGACGAGCGAGUUGAGGUGGAAAACGAGGCCAAUCCUCAUUCUGUACUUCUCUAUGCUUUGCAAAAUGGCGGAGGGCAAAAGGUUCAUGUCUUUACUUCCCAGUGAUGGUUAUUCUGAAGAAAGUUUUGUAAAGCCAGGGGUGUUUGGCAUUCAUGAUACACUUAGAGACGGUAUCACAAGUGUUCGGGGACAGUCUGUGGUAGCACAUCCACUAGAAUUCUCAGAAAAAAAUUACUACAAGAAUAAACAAAAGCAAGAAUUUACAGCUCUACGUAGUACCCAAGGUCUGCAUAUGCCAAUGAAGUUGAAGAUGGAAAGAACCAUUUUAUCGAAGAUUCAACGACUUCCUGGAUUGGAAAGUUCUAGAAUCUCACUGAGGACUGUCAUAGAUGAGGAUGAACUUGGUUUUGAUGAUAUGCUUUGUGGCCCAAGGCAUUCCUACAGUUUGGUUAGUGACCGUGAAGCUUUUGAAAGACAACACGGACUAUUGCAAUAGGCAAGGACCGUUCUUCUAUUUAUAUAGACUUGCUUCCUAUAAAGGAAUAGGGGCACUAGUUGUUUGUGAAAGGUUCUACUCAGUCAUAUUUCUUAUUGAUUCAAAA